AUGGAAAAAGCCCUUAAGAUCACGCAAGACUGGUGUCAAUCAAAAGGUCUUAAGGUGAAUCCAGCAAAGACCAAGGCCAUGAUUUUCACCAGGAAAUAUAAACCUGAAGCCAUAGAGCCGCUAAGACUCUNGCACAAGGAAAUAGAAUACGUCCAGUCGGUUAAAUACUUGGGAGUCCANUUAGACACCAAAUUGAACUGGAAAAAACAUCUUGAAAUAAAAAGANCUAAAUUCCAUGCCUCUUACUGGGCAUGUAGGAGAGCCAUGGGCAAAUCCGGGGGCAUCAAGCUAAACACUGCCCUAUGGAUAUACAAGGCGGUACUAGUACCGAACUUAACAUAUGCUGCUGUUGUCUGGUGGCCUAGAGUGGAAAAGAUGGAGUCAAAGAACUUACUAAAAAGCCUGCAAGGUAACUACCUGAGAGCUGCAGUAGGGGCUAUGAGAACGACACCAACGGAGGCGUUGGAGGUGGCGCUUUGCAUCCCACCUCUAAGUCUGACAAUCAUCAGUGCUGCCAGACUCACAGCAUACAGGCUAAGAUGCCAGGGGGGGUGGAAACAAUUCGGGUUGGGCCACACCAGACUCGGGUUUCUCCACAAAUCCCCUUUCAUCUAUAAACAAGACAGAAUAUCCAGAAAGUACCAGGUGGAAAAAGCGUUUUUCAUAAACCUAACCGCCAGGGCAGACUGGAAAAAUAAAAAUCUUCAGAUCNAACCGGGCGAACAUGCAUGGUUCACUGAUGGAUCUGGAGCAAACGGCCGCUUUGGAGCAGGCAUUUACAGCCUGGGAUCCAAUCACAGAGAGUUUUUCUUCCUAGGUAAGUUGGCCACGGUCUUUCAAGCGGAAGUCCUGGCCAUCCUGGAAUGUGCAAGACUCCUACUCUUAAGGGAGACAAAAACUAGGAGGAUCAACAUCUAUACAGAUAGCAAAGCAGCCAUAGGAGCUCUCGCUAAGACCACCACUGAAUCAUCAGUGGUUUGGGACUGUAUGCAAGCUCUAAAUGAACUGGGCAAGAGCAACAAAAUCACGCUAAUCUGGGUACCUGGCCAUCAAGGUAUCCAAGGCAAUGAAGUUGCUGAUAGUCUGGCAAAACUGGGUACCCUAGAGGAACCAGCCUGCCAGAAGGUUGGAGUACCCUUUGCUGUAGGGAAAAACUACAUCAAGGACUGGCUGAAGCAGGAGCAUAAAGCAUCUUGGCAAAAACUAAAGAGCUGCCGCCAAGCUAAAGACCUGAUGACUCAGCCGUUGCCAGGUAGGACAAAGGAAUUACUGACAAUGAAUAAGUACAAACAAAGAUUGAGUAUCGGUCUACUCACAGGGCAUUGGGCCUUUAAGGCACAUUUAUUCAACCUAGGCCUAGUUGAGGAGAGUAGUUGCAGAUUUUGCAAGGAGGAAAAAGAGGACAGCGUGCACAUACUGUGCCGCUGCCCUUCACUAGUACUCAAGAGGUUCAGAUUCUUAGGCUCCAUGUUUGUGGAGCCUAAGAACCUGAAAAGAUUCAAGAUCGGCCAUCUGUGCAGCCUGGCAGCAAAUGCCGGGCUAAAUCAGUAUGGUCGUUAA